AUGACCGAGUCUCCAGGGACAGUGACUUCUAGGACAAAGAUUGGGCCACUGGCUGAUGGUCCAGUUCUCUUAGGAGUAAAGGAGGGGUUAGUGUCUUUUGAGGAUGUUGCUGUGGACUUCACAUGGGAGGAGUGGCAGGACCUUGAUGAUGGUCAGAGGACUUUGUACAGGAGUGUGAUGCUGGAGACCUACAGCAACCUGGUGUCAUUGGGGUACUGCAUUACCAAACCUGAAGUGAUCUUCAAGUUGGAGCAAGAAGCAGAACAAUGGACAAUAGACUCCCAAAACCAGAGUCUACAAGGUCAGUAUGUCCUGGGCACUGAGGCUGGAAAGAGUAAGGGAAAAACCUUUCACAGGAAGUCACACCUCAGCAGGCAUCAGAGAAUUCACACAGGUGAGAAACCAUAUCAGUGUAGUGAAUGUGGAAAAACCUUUUAUGAGAAGUCACUCCUCAGUGAGCAUCAGAGAACUCACACUGGUGAGAAACCAUAUCAGUGUAGUGAAUGUGGAAAAACCUUUUAUGAGAAGUCAGAUCUCCGCAAGCAUCAGAGAAUUCACACAGGUGAAAAACCAUAUGAAUGUAGUGCAUGUGGAAAAACCUUUCACAGGAAGUCACACCUCAGCAGGCAUCAGAGAAUUCACACAGGUGAGAAACCAUAUCAGUGUAGUGAAUGUGGAAAAACCUUUCACAGGAAGUCACUCCUCAGUGAGCAUCAGAGAAUUCACACAGGCGAGAAACCAUAUGAAUGUAGUGCAUGUGGAAAAACCUUUCACAGGAAGUCACACCUCAGUGUGCAUCAGAGAAUUCACACAGGUGAGAAACCAUAUAAAUGUAGUGAAUGUGGAAAAACCUUUCACAGGAAGUCACUCCUCAGUGUGCAUCAGAGAAUUCACACUGGUGAGAAACCAUAUGAAUGUAGUCAAUGUGGAAAAACCUUUCACAGGAAGUCACUCCUCAGUGUGCAUCAGAGAAUUCACACAGGUGAGAAACCAUAUGAAUGUACUGCAUGUGGUAAAGCCUUUCACAGGAAGUCAGUCCUCAGCAGGCAUCAGAGAAUUCACACAGGUGAGAAACCAUAUCAGUGUAGUGAAUGUGGAAAAACCUUUUAUGAGAAGUCAGAUCUCCGCAAGCAUCAGAGAAUUCACACAGGUGAAAAACCAUAUGAAUGUAAAGAAUGUAGAAAAACUUACUCCAGUAAAUCAUGCCUCAUUGUACAUCAGAGAACUCACACAGGUGAGAAACCAUAUCAGUGUAGUGAAUGUGGAAAAACCUUUUAUGAGAAGUCAGAUCUCCGCAAGCAUCAGAGAAUUCACACAGGUGAAAAACCAUAUGAAUGUAAAGAAUGUAGAAAAACUUACUCCAGUAAAUCAUGCCUCAUUGUACAUCAGAGAACUCACACAGGUGAGAAACCAUAUGAGUGUAGUCAAUGUGGGAAAACCUUUCACAGAAAGUCAGACCUCACCAGACAUCAGAGAAUUCACACAGGUAAGAAACCAUAUGAAUGA